UCGUGUUACCAAAGUAUUUCGGAACAUAAUUAUAACCAGCUGUGCUGUGAUGGCUUCGCAGAUAAUGUAGGUUAUGAAAAUAUAAAUUUUAAUGUCUUUGGCAGACUAUGCGACUAAAAUUAAAAAUCCUACACCAGAUAUUUUAGCAAAGUAGAGUGUAAAGACGUCAUCUGUAUUCCAGCGCUCAGUAAAUCAAUGUUUAUCCAUCAAUCAAUCAUAAUAAUCUCGUCUACUUGACGUACGGAAUGUCAUAUAGAGGAGUGGGGCAUUAUGAUCCCAGCAUCGCUACAAGAGAUGAUCUUAUACUGUACAACAACGGGCCCACGCUCUUCCCCGUGCCGGAGCCCGGCUACGAGCUGCCGGGCGAGGGGUUUGUGCCCGUGCCGGAGCACUACGGGGACUCGUUCGAGGACGCGGAGUUCCAGCAGACGCAGACGGUGCUGGCCGACGGGGGGGACCACUUCGGGGUGUGCGCCCUAGCCUUCGACCGGCACGAGGAGCUGCUGUGGAUGGGCAACCAGGGCGGUCACGUGACGUCCUACUACGGGCCGGGGCUGCAGAAGUACACCUCCUUCCAGGUGCACCCCAGCCAGGAGGUGCGGCACCUGCACACCUUCGACGACGGCGUGCUGGCGCUGACACGCACGUCCCUGCGCUGCCAGAUGCGGCGCGGCAUCCCCGUGUUCACCCACAGCUCUGAGAACAUGGUGGACAUGCAGUGCCUGCUGCAGAUCUCCCCAGACACGCUGCUGCUGGGGGGCCACCAGGACAAGAUCAUCGUGUACAACCUGGCGCAGGGCCAGGAGACCAGCUGGCUGGACGUGGGGGAGAACGGCUGCGCCAUCCUGCGGCAGCACGGCAGGUUCAUCUGCGCGGGCGACCCGUCGGGCAGCAUCGCCCUGCGCAGCGCCAACGCCCUGGUCGUCGAGCACACGCUGGAGGCCCACACGGGCAGCCUGUCCGACUUCGACGUGCACGGCAACCUGCUGGUCACCUGCGGCUUCUCCAGCAGGCAGGGCAGCCUCUCGGUGGACCGGCUGCUGAUGGUGUACGACCUGCGCAUGAUGCGCGCCGUCACGCCCAUCCAGGUGGUCAUCGACCCCCUGCUGCUGCGCUUCCUGCCGUCCUUCUCGUCGCGGCUGGCCGUGGUGUCCGCGCUGGGGCAGACCCAGCUGGUGGACACGGUCGCGCCGUCCCAGCCCAGCCUCUGCCUCUACCAGGCCAACACGGCCGGCUCGGUGUGCCUCGCGCUGGAUGUGUCGUCCUCGUGCCAGUGCCUGGCCCUCGGCGACGCGGGGGGCAGCGUCCACCUGUACGCCUCCAGCUCCCGCGCCGCCGCCUUCAACGUGUUCUCGCGCCAGACGGAGUUCGCGGACCCCGUGGAGCCCGUGCCGCCCUUCGGCGUCGCGGACGAGCACGCCCCGCUGGCGGCCGUGCCCUUGCCGUACGGCCAGCCGGGCGCCGCGCCGCUCUCCGACUGGCCGGAGCACCUGCUGCGCCGGGUCUACAGGACCACGCCGCCGAUCGACCCCGAGAUCCUGCGCACCAUGAAGAUGCAGGGCACCAUCGGCUACGCCCCCAACCCCGCCGGCAGCCGGCGCAACCAAGUGGCCUACAAGUUGGACCGCCAGAGCCACGCCAAGGCCCGGCUGUUCCCCGACGACGCCCACCCGCACGGCGCGGCGGGCGAGGGCGCCGCCUUCACGGCCAUCCCCCGGCGCUACCGCAAGGUCGACAUGCGCUACUCCAAGACGGGGCUGGACGAGCACGGCAUGGAGCACUUCAACAAGACGGAGUACUGCGGCCUGGAGGCGACGCUCCCCAACUCCUACUGCAACGCCAUGAUCCAGGUGCUGUACCACAUCAAGCCGGUGCGCAGCGUCCUGCUGGCCCACCUCUGCCCCCGGGAGUUCUGCCUGUCGUGCGAGCUGGGCUUCCUGUUCCACAUGCUGGGCAUCUCGCGGGGCCAGCCCUGCCAGUCCAGCAACUUCCUGAGGGCCUUCCGCACGGUGCCCGAGGCCUCGGCGCUCGGCCUGAUCCUGUCGGACCAGAGCCCCGGGGCCAGGCGGCGGGCCAGCCUCGUGCCGCUCAUCCAGAGCUGGAACCGCUUCGUGCUGCACCAGCUGCACUACGAGCUGCUGGAGGCGCGUAAGUGCCAGGCGCUGCAGCGACGGCACCGGCGCGAGGCGAGGCGGCCCGGCUUCGUGUACGACGAGCGCGACUUCCCCAGCAUCCUGGACCACCUACAGUCGCGGCUGGGCGCGCGGCUUCUGCACGCGCGCGGCGCGGAGACGGAGGGCAGGGACGGCACGGAGCGCAAGGAGGCGGAGCGCAAGGCGCGCGAGGAGCUGGAGAGCGAGGAGACGGACGUGAGCCGGCUGUUCGGCGUCAGGCAGGCGCUGGUCCACACGUGCGCCAAGUGCGCGACGGGCGUCAGCAAGCAGUGCGUGCAGCUGCUGUGCAACCUGGUGUACCCGGAGACCGACCAAGGGACGAGCGAGCACAGCUUCUCGGACGUGGUGCUGCGCAGCCUGGCCACGGAGAAGGACACCCGUGCCUGGUGCGAGGAGUGCCGCCGGUACCAGCCCACACGCCAGGUGCGCCGUGUCAGGAGCCUGCCGCCCGUGCUCGCCAUGAACUGCGGCCUGGACAACCCCAAGGACAAGGCGUUCUGGCAGACGCAGAUGGACCUGCUGGUGCGGAAGGCCCUGGAGAAGUCCCCCGGAGCGGGGGCCGGCUCCCGGGGCCGGCCGUGCCGCUACGGGGCCAACUGCUCGCGGCACGGCUGCCGCUUCAGCCACGGCAGGAGCUCAGAGGCGACGGCCGUGCCCGGAGCGAGCCACCUCUACCACACGCACUCCUGGCUGCCCCUGCACCUGCGGCUGGCGCUGCGCACGGACGGCAACCUGCACGCUGAGGACGUUCCCCCCUCGCGCGCCGGCACGCCCGCGCCGGACUCGGUGGAGCAGUUUGAGCAGUCAGUGACGUAUGACCUGUCUGCGGUGGUGUGCUUCGUGAACGACCCCUUGAACGGGGAGCGCAGGAACCUGGUGGGGCUGAUACGAUCGUCGCCCGAGCCCGGCCAGGAUCCCGCCUGCCCGCCCGAGGGACAGUGGCACAUCUUCAAUGACUUCAGCAUCGUGCCGAUCCCGGCCCAGGAGGCGGCCUGGUUCAACCUGGAGUGGAAGGUGCCGUGCGUGCUGUACUGGGUGGACCGCGCCCUGCCGCCGGAGCCCUCCGCGCCGCGCAGCCCGCUCAGCGAGGACGUGUUCUGCGAGGACGUGUGCCUGGCGCGGAACAGGGCGGGCGCCGUCACCUUCACGCCGCUCGCGCCGGGCGAGAUGCCUGGCAAGGGUGACCUGGUGGCGAUGGAUGCAGAGUUCGUGACCUUGAACCAGGAGGAGGCGGAGCUGAGGAGCGACGGGAAGAUGUCGACCAUAAAGCCGUGCCACAUGUCCGUGGCACGGAUCACCUGCGUGCGAGGGUACGGACCGCUGGAGGGCACGCCCUUCAUCGACGACUACAUCUCGACCCAGGAGCAGGUGGUGGACUACCUGACGCAGUUCUCGGGGAUCAGCCCUGGGGACCUGGACGCCAACUUCAGCUCCAAGCACCUCACCACCCUCAAGUCCACGUACCAGAAGCUGCGGUUCCUGGUCGACAACGGAGUCACCUUCGUGGGCCACGGACUCAGCAACGACUUCAGGGUCAUCAACCUGGUGGUGCCGGCCAAUCAGGUGAUAGACACGGUGUCGCUGUUCCACUUGCCGCACCAGCGCAUGGUGUCGCUGCGCUUCCUGGCGUGGCACUUCCUGGGCCUGAAGAUCCAGUCGGUGACGCACGACUCGGUGGAGGACGCCCGCACGGCGCUGCGACUGUACCGUCGCUACCUGCGCCUGGUGGAGGAGGGCAGCGUGCGGGCAGAACUGCUCAAGCUGUACGAGGUCGGCGCCAGCCUGCAGUGGAAGGUGCCCGGCGUGGGUGACGCCCACUAGCAGGGCCCUGCCGGCCACUCUGCCUCCGAGUGGGAGGUGCCCGGCGUGGGUGACGCCCACUAGCAGGGCCCUGCCGGUCACUCUGCCUCCGAGUGGGAGGUGCCCGGCGUGGGUGACGCCCACUAGCAGGGCCCUGCCGGCCACUCUGCCUCCGAGUGGGAGGUGCCCGGCGUGGGUGACGCCCACUAGCAGGGCCCUGCCGGCCACUCUGCCUCCGAGUGGGAGGUGCCCGGCGUGGGUGACGCCCACUAGCAGGGCCCUGCCGGCCACUCUGCCUCCGAGUGGGAGGUGCCCGGCGUGGGUGACGCCCACUAGCAGGGCCCUGCCGGUCACUCUGCCUCCGAGUGGGAGGUGCCCGGCGUGGGUGACGCCCACUAGCAGGGCCCUGCCGGCCACUCUGCCUCCGAGUGGGAGGUGCAGGCGUGGGUGACGCCCACUAGCAGGGCCCUGCCGGUCAUUCUGCCUCCGAGUGGGAGGUGCCCGGCGUGGGUGACGCCCACUAGCAGGGCCCUGCCGGCCACUCUGCCUCCGAGUGGGAGGUGCCCGGCGUGGGUGACGCCCACUAGCAGGGCCCUGCCGGCCACUCUGCCUCCGAGUGGGAGGUGCCCGGCGUGGGUGACGCCCACUAGCAGGGCCCUGCCGGUCACUCUGCCUCCGAGUGGGAGGUGCCCGGCGUGGGUGACGCCCACUAGCAGGGCCCUGCCGGCCACUCUGCCUCCGAGUGGGAGGUGCCCGGCGUGGGUGACGCCCACUAGCAGGGCCCUGCCGGCCACUCUGCCUCCGAGUGGGAGGUGCCCGGCGUGGGUGACGCCCACUAGCAGGGCCCUGCCGGCCACUCUGCCUCCGAGUGGGAGGUGCCCGGCGUGGGUGACGCCCACUAGCAGGGCCCUGCCGGCCACUCUGCCUCCGAGUGGGAGGUGCCCGGCGUGGGUGACGCCCACUAGCAGGGCCCUGCCGGCCACUCUGCCUCCGAGUGGGAGGUGCCCGGUGGGGGUGACGCCCACUAGCAGAGCCCUGCCGGCCACUCUGCCUCCGAGUGGGAGGUGCCCGGCGUGGGUGACGCCCACUAGCAGGGCCCUGCCGGCCACUCUGCCUCCGAGUGGGAGGUGUCCGGUGUGGGUGACGCCCACUAGCAGAGCCCUGCCGGCCACUCUGCCUCCGAGUGGGAGGUGCCCGGCGUGGGUGACGCCCACUAGCAGGGCCCUGCCGGUCACUCUGCCUCCGAGUGGGAGGUGCCCGGCGUGGGUGACGCCCACUAGCAGGGCCCUGCCGGCCACUCUGCCUCCGAGUGGGAGGUGCCCGGCGUGGGUGACGCCCACUAGCAGGGCCCUGCCGGCCACUCUGCCUCCGAGUGGGAGGUGCAGGCGUGGGUGACGCCCACUAGCAGGGCCCUGCCGGCCACUCUGCCUCCGAGUGGGAGGUGCCCGGCGUGGGUGACGCCCACUAGCAGGGCCCUGCCGGCCACUCUGCCUCCGAGUGGGAGGUGCAGGCGUGGGUGACGCCCACUAGCAGGGCCCUGCCGGUCAUUCUGCCUCCGAGUGGGAGGUGCCCGGCGUGGGUGACGCCCACUAGUAGGGCCCUGCCGGUCACUCUGCCUCCGAGUGGGAGUUGCCCGGCGUGGGUGACGCCCACUAGCGGGUUCAAGCCCCUUUACCUUCAAAGAUGGUUUGAUGGCCCACCAUGUUGUCACCCGCCCCCAUAAACUAGGAAUGUGUUUUCGUUUAGAAGAAUUUUGUCCUCUUGUAUUAGUAACCUGUUUCUUCCUUAUAUUUAUAAAUGUAUUGUUUUAUUGGGAAGGGUUUUGAGUUGAGCCGUCAGUAUCACUAAGCGAUCUUGUGUUUUUAAUUAGCAAUUAAUUUUUUUGGGGUAAAGUUUUAUUUCUUCCCUUUCGUGCAGUGCAGGGAGUAGUGUGCAGGUUAGAUAACUGAUUUUCUGUGGUGGGGCUGCGUCGUACCAGCCCACGCAUGUUGACUCCUCGAGACAGCUCUCGCCCGCAGACCUCUGCCAGCUACGCGUGUGGCCGUGUUGGCAACAUGCGGUGUGGCUGUCCACCAGACAGAGGGUUAAGCAUGUCACAACAAUGGUGCUGGGUAUUACUGUCAACAGUAUUAGACUUUCUCCUGUUUCUUCGUUAAUGCAUUUUACAAAAUAGUGUAUGUACUUUUUUGUGCUCACACUAUAAAUUUUAAGACCUAAUUUUACUUAACAUUUAAGAAUGUACAUAAUUUUAAGAAUAAUGUAUAUGUUUUGAAAUUUUUUUUUUUAGUAUAUUUUCUACAAAUAUAUUUUAAAGUAAAUUUUAAUGUUUCUUAAGCUACUAGCUCAUUCACGACUAGUUUGUUAUUUCUGAUUUUUACUUUCUGAGUUUUUUGUUAGCUCUGCAUUAUGUCGGGUUUAUGUGGCAGGGACAAGGAGUCAUCCUUCAAUACUUUGUCCCAGUUGAGGCUUUGGCUACACUAAGGCAUCAGAUCUCUGUUUCGGAUGUGGUUAGGCCUAAGGAGAUCAGGAAAUACUGUCGGGGGGAGUGUUGUGGCGUUGUGGGUCACACCUAGGCUGUAGCUCUUCGACGAAGCUGAUAGGACAUGCAUGUGUCCCAGCACCGAAACAUAUCCCCCUGUAAAACUAGGGAUGAACAUGCAGUUACGAAAUCAUUAUUUGAUGAUGGCGGAGGAUUGUGCUCUACGUUUCAUGCUCCAGUUUGUUUUCAGUCCCGUAAGUGCAGUUUUCAGGGGUGAUCAUUUGGGGGGGGGGGGGGGGCUCGUCUUUCGUUCCUUCCGCAUUGUUCUGCCAGCUGUGCCCUGUGUGUUCGGGAGGCGGGUCCCAUCCGCGGUGACUUGCCGCGGGCAGGAACCAAGGACAAGUUCUCGUUCUUAAACCCACCUGCGAGCGACGAUCAUUUGUGGUCAGUCUAGCUUUUGCUGUCGUCUGUCGGGGCCGGAUUGGGAUAUGUUUUUCUAAGCUUUUGCUUUUUUUAGACAUUCACAGAGAAUUAUGUAUUUUUAAUACUAAAAUGUUUGUCUAUACAAACCGUCCUCAGAAUCUUAUUUAAUAUUUAAAAUAAAAUACCCAAAAAUGCUUUAUGAUUAUUUCUUUUCCUUGAGAUAUUUACUUGACAUUUUUAGUUGAGAUACUUGUACAUAUCUCAUUUAUUUCAAAGUACCUAAGUAGUGGUCUUGUCAGGUUUGUAUAUAGCGAUGGUUUAUUUGAGAAGUUUUUUUGUCGUGAAUGAGUUCAGAUGGUUUAAUGAAUCUGCUCUUAAUUUUUUAAAAUUUGUUUUGAUUUGAGUUUUGAUUACUUCUGUGUACUAUAUAAUUGUUUAUUGUACCUGUGUCAGUCUUUGUUUUCCACUGUUCCAUCAUCUUAUUCCAUAUCUGAGAUGUAUAUUUUUUUAAGCUCCAUGUGUUUCAGAAGCCACCAGGCAUGUUCACACUGUUUGUAUUGUCGAGUGCUGUGAUAACGUACAUUGAAGAUGUAGGCUUUAUUUUACAGUUGCAAUAAUUUCAGGUCACGUUUAAAAUCAGAAUUUUGUGUGAAAUGUUCAUAAUCGCCUAUUUGAUAUUAAUUCUUAAUUUUGUGGUGAAGAAAAUGUUUACAUUAAAUAAAUUUUAAUGCAUUUCAAUUUUUUUUUGUCUGUGCAAUUUAAUGAUUUUAAAUUUUAUAGUGUAGAUUUUAUUAGAAAAAUUAAUUGAAAAUACGUAAAUAGAUAUUUUAUUUUUAACAUUGGGGAGGGAGAAAGAUGUAUUGUUAUAUUUUUAGUAGCAAUUUCUUUGUUUUCAGCGGUUGUAGUUUUAAUUGAUUGAAUGUAAGCCUGUAAGAAUGUAUGUAGUAUUUGGCACUUAUUUGGAGUCUAAUGGGGUUUGAUCUAUUUUUAUUUAAUUAAAUUGGCAAUUACUUAAUUUAAUCUAAAGAUGAAUGUUCUCAUUUUAAUAAUUGUUGCCACUCAUCAUUUUUUGGAUGUCUGAAUUUGAUUUUAUUAAAUACUAGGUGUUGAUUAUAUGCGUUUCGUUGUAUCCAUCGAUUUGUCGGACACGAAUUGAGUUGCAAUAAAUUGAAGUGUGAGUUGUGUCUACUUAAAUUAUGUGAUGGUUGUGGUGUCAUUAUCACUUACUGUGUGUUGAUCUAAUAAUGUUGUGUUUCGAACAGGUGGAUGCACCUAACUUGGGAAUCUGAGACCCGUGAAAUUUGUAGAUAUAUUCCAUACCACGGUGGAUGCUAAGCAUGUUUUCGUCAUUGUUCUGAUUGGGCCACAGCCGUUCUUGUUCACCCUGAACGACGCCCGGCCAGAAUGAGCGCGAUAAGUGCUAUGUGGCACGCAGUCCAUGAUUGAAAGGUCAUGCCCGAAGGAAGUACCAGACAAGUUGUAGAGGCUCAAGUACUUACAAACAGCAGAGUCAGUUUUCCAUGUUUAAGCUGCAUUCUGCACUUCGUUGUAAUAUUACAUUUUUUUUCUCUCCCUAAAUUGCUGUUUUGCUGGCCUGUUCAUAGACGUGCAGUGGUUGAACCGGAUGUGUUGGCACGGUGCUCCUAGGUUGGCCGCCCUGCUCGCGGUGCAGCGCAGUGGGAGGGUUGGUAGCCCUGCUGAGUGAACACAGAGCAGGAGCGUUGGCCGGGCUGUGUCACUAACCUGCAGAGUUACCUUGAUACUGUGUGUGUUACUUUUCACAAGCAAUAGCUAGAGACAAGAUUUUAUGGUUUUAAUUUUAGUUCAAUUUGGUUUUCUAAACAGAAGAUUUCUGUUUUUAUUUUUUAUAAAUGCUGUUUUUUAAUACUUACUCCACCAUAAUAGUGGUAAUAAUGAUAUGUUGCAUUUUUACGAUAAAAUUUUUUGUAAUAAAUUGGUCUGAAACAGAUACCUUAAUAACAAUAUAAGUAAAUUGGCGACCAUUUGUGGUUUAAAAGUGAUUCAAUAAGAGAUACAAAAUGAAACAAAUAAUUUUUGCUGAUGCCAUUUGAUACAAUCUUUUGUCCGAAAAUGGCAUUCCUUGAAUUUCAAACAUUAAAAGAUUACUUUAUUUUUAUGAUUUAAGUUUUGAUAAAUGCUACUUCAUUCCAUGAUAUAACUUGCAUUUAUGGUGUAUUAACUUGCAUUUCGGUGUUAAUGCAGUGAACUGACAUGCUUUCAGGUGUUAUUUCUGUUCUAUCGCAAUUCGCAGUAUAAUCUUGUCCCUAUUAAUAGCGCAAGAUGUAACCAUGUUAGUUACGAGCAUAAAACUAGUUACGAGCAUAAAACUAGCUGUAAAUGAAAUUUAACUUACAUUACAUUGAAACUGCUCUAAAGACCGUCUGCAAUGCCGAGUUCAAGGGCGGCUCGGGCGUCAGACAAGCCAGUAAACUCCCGGGAUCUCGCGGCCGGCCCUUUUGUUUCCAAUUGCGCACCUGUAACAUCAAGUACCGUGACCGUGAUUUAAGUUCCAGGUUGGCUUCUUGGCCUUGAAACGUUGGUUUUCUCCGACUACAUUGUGCGAGAGAGAACAUAUCGAACCCCCAUCCACCCCUCUUCAACAUGUCACGGCCCUGCAAAAGUAGUUGGUCCAGUGUCCAGAUGGCUGAGGGCUGCCAUUGGCCAAGUUAGUAUUUUGUAGUUUCUUUUCUUGCCAUUACUAUUAUUUGAAGGAUUUCCCUCUGACUUUAUUCCGACAGCUCUCUUAUCACUGAUGCCGGGUCGCAAAAUUCCUCAAUGGAUAUUACUAAAUUUUAUGAGCUGUUAAAGGUCAUUAAGUGAUUGCAGUUCUGGUCACCUGCAUGACUUUUUAUUGCUAUUAGAUAAUAUUUAGUAAAUAUUAGGAAGGGGCCAAUCAAAUCAUCCAAUCCCAUCAAAUCCUUAGUUUUUGAAGGAUUCAAUAUUCAAGGGAAAAAAUUCAUGGAAAUUAAGUAAAUUAAAAAUUCAACACAGAUAACCUUGAAGUUUACUGGGUCAAUUAUUUUCUUCAUACCUAUCCUGUUAGCAUGCCUCAAGAUACUGUACUUUUAAUUUGAUAAAUAAAAUUAUUUUAUGUAUUUAUUAUGGAAACUUAGUUGGUGAAACAACCAUUUAGAGGGUAAAAUGUUUCGGAUUUGUGGGGUAUAUUCAAUUUACUGUUCUGGAUUAAAAUUCGAGAUUUUGAUUCGAGAAAACCUGAAUUCAACUAUCAUUAGUAGAAUUGUUUUUAUCAAAUUUGGGUUCAAGAGAGUUAUCUGAUAAUUUUACGGGAAAAAUUCUCAAAUAAUAGCAAUGAGAAAAUGAACCAACCAACAAGGUGUGUGAGACAGCAAUAAACUAAUUAUUUCAUCAUAUUUUGAGCAUAAUCGCUGGAUAAUGUGUCUGCAAGCACUUGUGUACUUAUGUACGCGUGUUAGAAGUUAUACUUACUUGGCGUAGUAAAAAAAUAACUUUAAUUUUGCAUGCAAAUUAUUAAUAAAAAUAAAAUAAUAAAAGGACUGGAGUGGUAUUAUAAAUAUUGUUGGUAAUGUAUGAAUUCAGUCAAAUUAAAAAAUUCAAAUAAAUACUCAGGAUUCAAUAACAGUAUAAACAUGUGUAUAAAAUUAAUUAUUUAAUUUAGUAAAAUAACUGUGCUAAAUUUUAAUUAAUAAUGAAAAUCAAUUAAAUAAGCCGAAUUUUUAUUCUUAUUUAUUAAUUAUAAUCAUGUAUGUAAAUAACGUAAUAAUUUAUAAUGAAAAUAAAUUAUAUACACGGGACCAUAACCUAAAUUAUAAAUAAGCUUGAAAAAGUUUAUAAACACAAUUUAUAUCACUAAUAUUCACAAUAAAAAAAUAUUGUUAAUGAUAUGGACCAAUAUUAUCAGUGUUAACCUCUAAAGUAUAAGAUUUAAAAGGCACAUAAAUAAUUUUUGUUUGUAUGUAGCCUUUUUUUCAUCCUGUAAAAGUUUUGUGGCAUGGUGCACGCACAUUGUAAAAAUCCACUCUCAAAAUGUUUUUUCAUAACACGCUAAAGAAGUAAGUUUAACUUCAAAAACAAAGGAACAAGUUCACGAACUUCGGGAAUAAAGUUAUUCCUGUAACUCGGGCUCACGCUAGGUCACUGCACGCGUCGGGGAAACCCAGUUCGGCUGCAGACCGAGAUGCAGUAAGCAGCUGCCUGUGUUCACUCUAAGGGCAGGUCUCUCAGUGUUGAGUGCCGUUGAGUGCCAAGUGAAUUUGUACAGUUCUGUCUUCGCAAUAGGACUUUGUGUUCAUCUGUGGUGUAGCUUUACUCACAAAACCCCACUUAUUUGUAACUCGUGUUAACCAAGAGUUCAACUGAGUGUUGGUUUUUUCCUUCCAUUCUGCAUGUAUUGAUGUUGUGGUGAGUUUCGAAAUUCAUUACGUCUGACAGAGAACAGUGACACGUGUCUAGCAGAUGUGUGGUUUUGUGUGUCCUUGUCUGCAUGACACGUACCACAAGUUUAGAGCUCUUGGAAAGGUACCCAUGUUUCCCACAAACCUUUUAACUACAACACAUAGUCACUCGGGGAAAAACUAAAACAUACCUGUGAAACUUGUCGAAACAAUAGUACAAAUAAAUGUGUUGUUCAAUGUUUUGUAAGAAGAUUUUUGUGAAGCCAUCAGUUUGUAAGUGUUUUGCAUCCCAGAGACUGCCUUGCAAGAUUUUGCAUCAGUAUGUUAUGAUAGAGAAAAAAAUGUCCUUUCGAAGCAAGCCGUGAUGAUUGUACAAAUAAAGACAUUCCAUUUUUUAUGACCGGUUGGUCGCCAUUGUAUUUUAAUGUACGGUGCUGAAAAGAGUAUUCAUCACACGUUUUAUUGUGCGUCAUUGUCAUUGACUUAAAAAAUGUUGGUAUUCAUGUGUUUGGGAUUAUCAUUGUACUUUGAAAUCUGACUGCCUUUGUGAAUUUAAUUUAUAUUUUGUAUAGAAAAAAUUGUGAUCCACAAAUAAAUAGUGUUUCAAUAACA